UUUGUGUUCAUUCUUGCUCCGCUCCCAGCAAAAGCUAAAGGAUGGCAGAAGUUGCUCCCGCUCCAGCCGCGCCGGCCAAAGCUCCCAAGAAGAAAAGCGCAGCCCGGCCCAAGAAAGCCGGUCCCAGCGUCGGUGAGCUCAUUGUCAAGGCUGUUUCACAGUCCAAGGAGAGAAGCGGCCUGUCUCUCGCCGCUCUCAAAAAGGCCCUGGCUGCCGGCGGUUACGACGUGGAGAAGAACAAAUCCCGCGUCAAGCUCGCCCUCAAGAGCCUCGUGACGAAGGGCACUCUGGUGCAGACCAAAGGCACCGGUGCGUCAGGCUCCUUCAAGCUCGGCAAAAAGCAAACCGAGGCUAAGCAGAAGCCGGCAAAGAAAGCGGCGCCGAAAGCCAAGAAGGCCGCCGCCAAGAAGCCCAAGAAGGUAGCGGCGAAGAAGCCCGCGGCCGCCAAGAAAUCGCCGAAAAAAGCCAAGAAGGUAGCGGCAAAGAAGCCCGCGGCCGCCAAGAAAAUCGCCAAGUCUCCCAAGAAAGCCAAGAAGCCGGCGGCCCCGAAGAAGGCGGCCAAGAGCCCGAAGAAAACAAAGGCCGUCAAGCCCAAAGCAGCAAAGCCCAAGGCGGCGAAAAAGGCCGCACCCAAGAAGUAAACGCGCUGUUUACUUCCCAGAAU